AUGGCUGGGAGCGCCGGUGGCGGCAGGCCACGGCCGGCGUCCACGGCCGUGCUUCAGCAGAGCACUUUGCGCGAGGUGCCCUACCUCUACCAGCAGCUGAGCGAUGCGCUACAGCAGCAAUCGCACUUAGAGGAGCAACGCCAGAAGCAGAUUGUCCAGUACAGGCGCCAGCUGCGAAUGCUCUGCGAUGACAACGCCACACUGCGCAACAUCAUUCAAGCCGGGGAGCGCCGAAGGCGCGAUGCAGAGGUCGCAGCGGCGGCUGGUCUCGUCGCGCUGACUGGGACCCGCACACAAACGAGUGGCAUGGGGAAUGGGCCAGCGACCGUCACCGAGGCUGAGGUAGAGGUGCUCUUGCAACGCACAAACCUCGCGCGCCGGCGGCGCAACAAGGUGCUACAUGAAAUAAAUGUUAACGAGGCCGCGUUGGAUAUUGAAGCUAAGGCUCAAGAAUCUCUAGCGGAGCAGGCGCAGAUGAGGCUAGACCCGGCGACGCUGCUGACGGGCGCCAACCGGUCGGUGUAUCUGCGCAUGAUGCGCCUUGAGCAGCUAAUCGACAAGAUACUCUGCAAGCAGCGCAUCGCUAGCGUCAUACUGGCGAACUAUCGGCACCAUCUAGCCACUCUCUCCACCGAGGCGACGCAGUACAAUGCGCAGCAGACACUGCUGGAGAGGGAGUACGCAGACCGCCACCGAGAUCACUUAAAACUUCUCCAACUUCACGACACGGCGCGUGUGGCAUACGCAACGGCCGUCGAGGCUCUACAGGUCGUGCAGAAGAGCGCCUCGCGUAUGCGCAAGGCGAAGGAGAAGGCGCUGCAAGAAACGCGGCGGGAGGUGGACAAGGGGAUUGCGCUAACGCAGCAGCAGGAGCGCCGUGCGGUGGAUUUGCAGCAGCAGCUCGAGGAAGAAGCCCAGAUGCUCGACGCCGAGGAGAACACGAAAGAACAGCUGGAGCGACAACGCAUGAACCCACGCACAGCUCUGUCACUGCUGCGGGCCUCGUGCGUGUCGCGGGAGGGUGGCACAGAACUCCCAGAGAGGAAUAGUAACAGGGGCGGCGCCGGUCAGUCGUCGCCUGGCACAGAUGAGCGCGUCGCUGCGUACGAGGUGACCUUCCGUGACAUGAUGCGAGUGGCAAAGGUUGACACGCUUGAUGCCCUCAUCAAGGUCUAUCAAGCAGAAAUCGAUCAGCAGUACCGUCUGCAGGACGAGUUGAACUGCAUGCGAGAGGCGCAAGCGGCGCUGCAGCAAGAAGUGCACCAGCUCCGCGAGCGGGCAAAGCAGACAAAGUACACUGUGGGUGCCGCUACCGGACUUGCGGCGAAGGGCACAGCGUCGCCAUUAAUGGAACGGGAGCUGCAGCUGUUUGUGCAGGAGGAGAACGAGUCCUUGAUCACCCAUGUUGGCGCCAACAGAGGGCAUCAGGCCCUUCUCAUGGAGGUGGUGGAGCGCGUGAACCGGUUGGCAGAGCUGGUGGCUAAUUAUCGCACUGAUGUACCGGUGCCGUCGAUCCAGCGCACCCCAGCGCUGGCGAAGCGCUCUUCAACCCUGCCGCUGCACGUUGCGGUGCUGGCGCAGAAACUGCUAGCGCUGGCUGCAGACACCGCCGGGGCGACUGACAUCGGUCCGUCCUCUACCGCCUCCGCCUCCGUCAAGGACGCAGGGCACGGUGGGGGUGUUGUGAAUCGCUACGACGGCAGCAGCUCAGGAAUUGCAGUGGUGUCCUCGACGCACCUUGUGAUACCAGCAAACAACCGUCGCGUCUCCCUGGCACACGAGGGUGUAGGUGGGGGUGCGGGUGGACGAGGCCCCGGCGGCCGCCGCGGCAGAACGGCAGCCGACGUCGCUGGUAUUUCCUCCUCCGCCGCGCGUGCGCUGCUGUACCCUUACGGGCGCGCACCUGGCGGUAGUGAGGACGGUGCGCCGCGGACCCUUGCGAAUCAGCGGCGUAGGCGAUCGUCUGCUGCAGCCGGUGCCGGCUUCAUCGAGGGUCAGGAGGACAAGGACGAUGUGUCCUUGGCCACCGUGGCUGCGCUGCCCCCACCCGGUGGCCGUGUGCUCGACUUUGACGGAACAUCGACCGACACGUCGGAGCUUCAUAGCAGUAGUAUCAACGACAGCGACGCCGACGGUAGAUGGUGUAGUGCUGGCGGCGACGGCGGGAGUCCGAAUCGCGCAGCGGCAGCGGCACGCAGUCGCCGUCGCUCGUCGAAGCAGCCGCGCCAUAUAAAUAUGGCAGGGGUGCACCAUGCCAACCUGCAGACGCGUGUGAGAGCCGUUGAAGACGAUCACGAGGACCCGUUGCGGCGUGAGGAGGUGAAGCACAUGUCGGAGCUGAUCCGAGCUCGCAAGAAGCUCGAGGCAAAGAAAGAUGCGCGUCGACCCUAA